AUGCCUCACUCCAAUGAACAUACCAGGUUGCUCCAGGAUGACAAUAGCGAUGCAGAGGUGAUUCGCUUCGCCGACCAUGACCACGACGAUCCCAGGGAAUGGCCUCUACACUGGAAGUACAUCCAGGUUCUUUUGGUGUUCUUCAUCGGCCUUAUCCUUCCGAUGGCCAGCUCAAUGUUCGCACCCGCCAUCGAUGACAUUGCUGAAACGUACCAAGUCGAUAAGCAACUGGUCCUUGGCGGACAAGCCGUUUUUGUCUCCAUGUUGGGCAUCGGACCUCUCUUCUUCGCGCCCAUGAGUGAGACUUUUGGAAGGAGAAAGGUCUACUUGAUCAACAUAUCUCUGUUUUGCUUGAGCCAGAUACCUUUGGCAUUGGCACCAAACAUCGAGACUUGGCUUGCUUUCCGUUUGUUAUCGGGCUUGUUCUCGAGCGUAGGAGUCGCCAACGGCGGUGGUACCAUCUCAGACCUAUUCAAAGCCUCCGAGAGAGCUACCGUUUCCGGCUUCUACUUCCUUGCGCCCUUGCUAGCACCCACCUUGGGCCCUUUCUUUGCCAGUCUUAUCCUCAUGGCACUGGAGUGGCAAUGGAUAUUCUGGGUACUUUUCAUCCUUAGCGCAUCCUUAUUCAUCGUUUGUUUUCUUGCACUAUUUGAGACGCAAUCCAAUGUUGUUUUGCAACAACGCAAGGCACGACUCGAGAAACAGAAUCCAAGCAAGAAGUUCAAGCUGGAGGGGAUGUCUGAUCAGUCACUCUUCCAAAAGGUCGCCCAGAAUUCGACGACCGCUACCAAGAUUCUCUUUUACCAGCCGAUCGUCAUGAUCAUUUCAGUGUACCAAGCACUUGUCUUUAGCUCCGUGUAUAGCCUUUACAGCAACUAUACUACUAUAUGGUCAGAAGAGCCAUACAACUUCGAUACCAUCCAAGUUGGAUUGGCCUACCUUGGCCCGGCUGUAGGUUUUCUCGCUACCGCCUUCAUAGUUGUCCCUUUGAUGGAUCCGAUAUAUAAAAAGAUGCAGUAUAGAUAUAAUAGCGUUGAAGGUAAGCCAGAGUAUCGUUUACCGCUAUCGAACAUAGGAGCCGUGUGCCUCCCAGUUAGCUUGUUCUGGUUUGGGUGGGCGAUUGAGAAAGAGCUUUACUGGACAAUACCCCUGGCUGCAACCUUGUUCUUUGGUGCGAGUCAGAUUUCUAUCUUCAACUCUUUCCAAAACUACUACAUUGAUGCCUUUGAGAGUAAGGCGGCCUCUGCUUUGGCUGCAGGUGCUUUUUUGCGGAGCUUGGUGGGCGGAAUCGUGCCAUUGUUCGUCCCGAGGAUGUUUGAAAGUCUCGGCUAUGGACUAGGCUUCUCUGUCUUUGGUAUUAUCGGCAUAAUUUUGAUGCCAGCUCCAUUGCUAUUUAUGCGGUAUGGUGCGACAUUGAGGGAGAAGUUUGCUGUUGCAGAAUAA